AUUGUACAGGAAGGCGAGAUUAAAACAAUACUCGAAGAAGACUUCAAACACGGUCGAGAGGGAUACUACCCAGCAUCAUUACAAAUUUACCGCGUCAAUAAUCAAACGACAGCAUUGAUUGUCUGGGAGAAAGGAUUUGGAGUGAGAUAUCGCAUUCAAAGCGGCUCAAAUUUGACCGAAAUGAGCUUGGAGAUGCGAGGUACAAGAAUGCAGCCCUAUCAAAUUACUACGCUUCCUGGAAAAUCAGUAAGAUAUCCUCCAAAACACUAUGUGAUUUGGCACUCGAGGGAAUUUACAUGGAACGGUAAAGACAUACCCCGUAGUGCGCUGUUGGAGGCGACUCCUUAUAAUACGACGGAGCUUGAUCUUGAAGUUGAAAAGGAGAUGCGCUUAUUCAAUAUUCCUUCCAUUUCGCUGUGCAUUUACAGGAAGGGAAAACGUACUUUGUCGGUUUCUUAUGGAUAUUCUGAUUUGAGAUCUGAAACAAGGGCAAAACCCAUAAAUAGCUAUCGCAUCGCAUCGAUCAGCAAAACGAUAACAGCUAUGGGGAUAGCGGAGCUGAUCAAUAGACAUCUUCUUAAUCUCGACGACAGAGUAUUCGGAUCAAAAGGUGUGCUUUCUUCAUUUGAUGUCAGCAAAGCGCAUCCUUGGCUACGUUACGUAACCGUGCGUCACCUGCUUGAGCACUCAUCCGGAGGAUGGGAAAAUAAUGAAAAGAUUGAAUUCAAUCGUACACCUCAAACGUAA